UUUGCUGGGGAGCGGCGGAGGCUCGCUCUGGGCAGAGCCGGGCUGCGCUGCCGCUGCUGACGCGUGGCCGCCGCCGCGCCGGGAGCAGCCCCGCGCCCGCCGCCCCCGCUCCGCUCCGCGGCCGAGGAACCUCCGCGCCGCUCCGGCCGCGCUGCCUGCGCUGCCCUCCCCGCAGCGGGGAGCCGAGGAAUAACCAACCAUGACUACAGAAUCGGGAUCAGACUCCGAGUCCAAGGAUAAAGAGCAGGAUCAGGAGGAGAGCCCUGCGCAGGAAGGGGCGGCAGAGACCCAGCCGCAGGAGCAGCAGCCGCAGCAGCAGCAGCAGCAGCCAAGUGAAGAACAGCAGACCGCGCUCGAGCAGUUCUCGGCUGUGGCAGCGCACAGCACGCCCGUGAGAAAGGAGCAGGCCACAGAAAAAGAACAGGAGUUUGCUGCUGCGAGUGCAAAACAGCUGGAAUAUCAGCAGCUAGAGGACGACAAGCUCUCUCAAAAAUCUUCAUCUAGCAAACUUUCCAAGUCUCCUCUAAAGAUCGUCAAGAAACCGAAAAAUAUGCAAUGCAAAGUGACGCUCCUGGAUGGUUCGGAAUAUGCGUGUGAAGUAGAGAAACGUUCCAGAGGUCAAGUGCUAUUUGACAAAGUGUGCGAGCAUCUGAACCUUUUGGAAAAAGACUACUUUGGGCUAACAUACAGAGACACAGAAAACCAAAAGAAUUGGUUGGACCCUGCCAAGGAAAUCAAGAAGCAGAUCCGAAGUGGUGCUUGGCAGUUUGCAUUUAAUGUGAAAUUCUACCCUCCAGACCCUGCCCAGCUAUCUGAGGACAUUACCAGGUACUACCUCUGCCUGCAGCUGAGAGAUGACAUCGUUUCGGGCCGGCUGCCCUGCUCGUUCGUCACACUGGCCCUGCUGGGCUCCUACACCGUGCAGUCGGAACUCGGCGACUACGACCCCGACGAGUACGGCAGCGACUACAUCAGCGAAUUCCGCUUUGCGCCAAACCACACUAAAGAGCUGGAGGACAAAGUGAUCGAGCUGCACAAGAGCCACAGGGGAAUGACACCUGCAGAAGCUGAGAUGCAUUUCCUGGAGAAUGCCAAAAAACUAUCAAUGUAUGGAGUAGAUCUCCAUCAUGCCAAGGACUCUGAAGGAGUGGAAAUCAUGCUAGGAGUCUGUGCAAGUGGACUCUUAAUAUAUCGAGACAGACUCAGAAUAAAUAGAUUUGCCUGGCCAAAGGUUUUGAAAAUUUCCUACAAGAGGAACAACUUCUACAUCAAAAUCCGACCAGGGGAGUUUGAGCAGUUUGAAAGCACUAUUGGGUUUAAGUUGCCAAAUCAUCGUGCUGCAAAGCGCUUAUGGAAAGUGUGUGUUGAACACCAUACAUUUUUCAGGCUCCUGCUGCCCGAAGCACCUCCAAAGAAGUUCCUGACGUUGGGCUCCAAGUUUCGCUACAGCGGCCGGACGCAGGCCCAGACGAGAAGAGCCAGUGCCCUCAUAGACCGUCCCGCACCUUACUUUGAACGCUCCUCUAGUAAACGUUACACCAUGUCUCGCAGCUUAGAUGGGGCAUCAGUGAAUGAAAACCAUGAAAUGUACAUGAAGGAUUCUGUGUCUGCUGCAGAGGUUGGUACUGGCCAGUACGCCACAACAAAGGGCAUCUCUCAGACCAACUUGAUUACCACUGUGACUCCAGAGAAAAAGACAGAAGAGGACAAAGAUGAUGAAGAGGGCAAAAAGAAGAGAGCAGAGGAAGUCACCCCGAUUUCAGCAAUACGCCAUGACACCAAGCCAUCUUUGCUUGGCACUGACUCCCACCACUCCUCGCCAUCCUCUCAGCCUGGCCCCCAUGUAUCUUCAGCAAAGCUUCGCAGGAGAUGCAAGGAGAGCACUCGGACGAAGUCCUUAGGCUGUGAGGCCCCCAAAGAGAGCGCUCCAAAACACAGCGAGUCGGAGCCAGACUCUGACAGAAAGGGGCGAGUUUGCUCCGCCGAGCAGGACAUGGCUUUUGGCUACAGGCAAAAAGCCGGCAAAGGCGGAACACUGUUCUCCUUCUCCUUGCAACUUCCAGAGUCAUUUCCUUCCCUCCUGGAUGACGAUGGCUACCUGUCGCUCCCUAACCUCUCCGAAACCAACCUCCUGCCUGCCAGUGUGCAGCACUACCUCCCCAUCCGCUCCCCCUCCCUCGUGCCUUGCUUCCUCUUCAUUUUUUUCUUUCUGCUCUCUGCCUCUUUCUCAGUGCCAUACGCCCUCACUCUCUCCUUUCCUCUGGCUAUGUGCCUCUGCUACCUGGAGCCCAAGGCGGCCUCCUUGAGUGCCUCACUUGCCAAUGACCUGAGUGACAGUUCAGAGGAAGAGACUGACAGUGAGCAGACGGAUACUGCGGCUGAUGGUGAGACCACUGCCACCGAGUCGGAUCAAGAGGAGGACGGAGAUCUAAAGGCACAGAAUAGUCUGAUUAAGCGAAUACAGGGUGAAAAUGUGUAUGUCAAACAUAGUAAUCUUAUGUUAGAGGAUCUAGACAAAACCCAGGAAGAUCUGAUGAAACAUCAGACCAAUAUAAGCGAGUUGAAACGCACCUUCUUGGAAACCUCCACAGAAACGACUGUGUCUAAUGAGUGGGAGAAGAGGCUUUCCACAUCUCCCGUUCGGCUUGCAGCAAGGCAGGAGGAUGCUCCUAUGAUUGAACCACUAGUGCCUGAAGAGACCAAAGAAGAAACAGAAAAAUCAGAAAAACUCAUAUUUUUGCAGAAGGGAGGUACUACAUUCCUUGAAAUGCAGACUAAACAGUCCACCAGUGAAAAAACCUUGGAUGGUUCAGAUAUCUUCACUUUAAUAGAGUCCGCCAGAAAACCAACUGAGUUCAUAGGAGGGGUUACUUCUACUUCCCAUACCUGGACUCAGAGAAUAGACACGACGACGUCUCAGGAGAUAACUUCCAGUGACAUGAAGCAAGCAGUUCAGCCGGAUCAGGAUACGGUGCAGAAGGUUGUACAGGAGACUGUAGUUGUCAAGGAGAGACAUGGGAUGGAGGUGCAUGCAGGCGGGGAUCCUGCUAAAGUGGCCGGACUUACGCUGGAUGCCCAGGCUGAGGCAGCAUCGGCGGUGGCUGCCGGCGUGAAAGGGAAGGAGGGCUCUGCUGGGACUGAGGGGGCGAAGGAGGAAAAAAGGGAGGAGGCUGGGAAAGCCCUAACCAAACAGGAAGGAGUCGCUGCCGCUGCUUCGUGUGAGCAGGCAGAGGAGCACAGAACAACAGUCCAACUUUCAGAGUCUUUGGAAAGAAAACCUCAUUUUGAGUCACCAGUUGUGAAGACUGAGACUAUAAGUUUCAGCAGUGUUCCCGCUGGUGGGGAAACCCUUGAAAUUUCAACAAAGGAAGUGCCAGUAGUCCAUACAGAAACAAAAACCAUUACAUAUGAGUCUUCUCAGGUGGAUUGCGGUGCUGACUCUGAACCAGGUGUAUUGAUGAGUGCACAAACAAUCACAUCUGAAACCACCAGCACUACAACUACUACACAUAUCACCAAAACUGUGAAAGGAGGCAUCUCAGAGACAAGAAUUGAAAAACGAAUAGUCAUCACAGGAGAUGCAGAUAUUGAUCAUGAUCAGGCGCUGGCUCAGGCAAUUAAAGAAGCCAAAGAGCAGCACCCUGACAUGUCAGUGACCAAAGUAGUGGUUCAUAAAGAGACAGAAAUCACACCAGAAGAUGGGGAGGAUUGACCACAGGAAUAACCUAGAAUGCAUAUGAAUCCAGACAUGCAUACCAGUAGGAAUACGAGAACCUAUACGGAGUCUCAGUUCCAACCUGACUGACUUGUAUCUGUCUAUGGAAAAUUUCAGUACAGAAGAAUUGAUCUUGACCGUUAAUAAAGAAACUGGCAGAGAUACCUUCCCAUAGAAAGCAAUCUGAAUCAGCAGCAGUUAAACAAUAUUGCAUGAAGCAACAAAAAAAUUACAGAAAAGCAGCAUUUUUAAUUUUCUUAAAAUGUCUAAGUUUUCAGCUUUACCUGCACGUUCAUAAACAAUAUAAAGAGUGAUCUCAUGUAACACAUAAACAGUUCAUGCCUUUCACAAUUUCUGAAAGUCUAAACAAAUUAAAAUUUGUUAGGUGGCAAGCCUUUUGUUUACGGAUACUGUAAAUGAAGAUUACCCCGAAAAUGCUAGAAGCUGUAUAGGUACUGUGUAUAAUGUUUUACCACACAUUAGAUGUGCCAAUAACACAGUUUAUUCAGUAAACAACUUGAAUCUUAUAUUUGUUUCAUCUGGUUUUAUUACUGCCCCAUAAACAAUGAUGAAUCUUUACUCUUAUCAAAACAUAUAAAUGCUUACAAAGUGUGCUUUGUAUACCUGACUGAAUACCUUAUGAGGUAGCAAUGAUUUUAGUAUAUUAACUUUAAUGAUUUUUGUCAGCAUUGUUCAGAGUCAGCUUCCAGUCACCCUUCACAGAUCCUAACCUUGUAAAUUAUAUGUAGUUAUUUUGGAGAAAAAAAAAAAUCUGUAUUUUACUUAGUUUGCAGCUUUAGAAAAUUAUUAAUCUGAAAUAACCGUGAUGGUUUUCUAUUGAUUUCCCUUUUGUUCUCAGAGAAAAAAAAAAAUCUGUUUGAGAAUCUGGUCAGCAUUUACUAUCUAGUUCUGAGUCAAGCCUUAACCUGUACAGAACGUCCACUGAAAACUCGCUAGUGUCCAGCUCUAAUACCCACGGAAGGAAUAGUGUCCAUUACACUGUCAGCUGCAUCACAACACAUGGUGAAUGUAUGUUUCUGCAUAGUGAAAUAAAAGUGGUAAAUGCAUCUGAAA